AGGCUAAAUUUCUAUAUAUCAUCUUAUAAAAAAUUAUCUACAAUUAUUUGUGACAGCGGGAGGGGAUAAACCUUUAUCUGCAUAUCGUUUCACAGGUCUGGUAUAGUCCUGUGAAAAUAUCAAAGAUGAUGGUGGGAGCCUCUUCGUUGAGGUGCAUUUCCCAACCUUUUCUCCCUCCUCAUGCUCGUCGCCGCCAACUCUAUUCAACUACUUCAACUAACUGGCGCCCCAUUUCCAGAAUUGGGAGCAACCUUUUCUCCCUUCACCCAGUUGUGUGCAAGGACGAAGGCAAGACAGCCACAGAUAGCGAUGCCUCUUCUAAACCAGCCGCCAAAAGAAACUCAAAGAUUCUGAUUAACACUGUGAGCUCGAACACCGUGGACGGGGCUGAUAAUAAGGCAGAGCAACCAUUUCUGCAGCCUGUUUCAAUUAGUAUUCCUGUGGGAGAUAGACAUAUUCUUGUGGAGACUGGUGUAAUUGGAAGACAAGCUAGUGGGUCUGUUAAAGUGACGGAUGGAGAGACCGUUAUAUACACAUCUGUUUGUGUGGCAGAUGAUCCAAGUGAGCCAGCUGAUUUCUUUCCAUUGACUGUCAAUUAUCAAGAGCGUUUUUCAGCUGCUGGACGAACAAGUGGUGGAUUUAUAAAGAGAGAAGGAAGAACAAAAGAUCAUGAGAUACUCAUUUGCAGGUUAAUUGACAGGCCUUUGCGGCCAACAAUCUUGAAGGGUUUCUAUCACGAGACACAGAUACUUUCAUGGGUUUUGAGCUAUGACGGUUUACAUUCUCCUGAUUCACUUGCGAUCACAGCUGCUGCAGUUGCACUAGCAUUAUCUGAAGUGCCAAUAUCACAAACAGUUGCAGGUGUGCGGGUUGGCUUGAUAGGAGAUCAAUUUGUGAUUAAUCCAACAGUUCAACAGAUGGAGAUGUCCAAGCUAGACUUAUUGCUUGCAGGAACAGCUGAAGCAAUACUAAUGAUUGAGGGAUACUGUGAUUUUCUGUCCGAAGAGUUGCUAUUGCAAGCUGUUGAAAUUGGGCAGGGAGCAGUUAGAGAUAUCUGUAAAGAAAUUGAUGGUCUGGUUUGUAAGUCUGGAAAAGUUAAGAUGACUGACAUGAUUAGAUUGCCUCCCCCAGAUCUCUAUGAACACAUAGAAGAUCUUUCUGGGGGAGGGCUCAUUGUGGCUUUAAAAGUUAAAAGUAAAAUACCUCGAAUGAAAGCUAUUUCUUCUUUGGAAAAGGAAGUUAUGUUUGCUCUAUCUGGAGAUGAAUAUAGGAGAGAACAUGCUAUUAUGAAUGGAUUGAAGACAGAAGAUGCUACUCUGAGUCUUGAGAAGAGAGUUCCUGGAAUAGAAGAGGAUGAGGAAGAUGAGGAGGUUGUUGAUGGUGAAGUAGAUGAAGGCGAUGUUCACAUAAAGCCAGUUUUAAGGAAGCCUAUCACUAAGCACUUUGAUCCAGUAGAUGUGAAGUUGGCUUUUAAGGAGGUCACAUCAAAAAUUUUACGCAAGCGUAUUGUGCAGGAGGGUAGAAGAAGUGAUGGGCGCCAUGCAACGGAGAUACGGAAAAUUCAGUCACAGUGUGGUUUGCUUCCUAGAGCUCAUGGAAGUGCACUUUUUACCAGAGGAGAGACACAGUCAUUGGCAGUUACUACUCUUGGAGGUAGCAACAUGGGUCAAAGGUUAGAUAAUCUUACAGAAGUUGAUGAGCUAAAGCGAUUCUAUCUUCAGUACUCUUUUCCACCAUCAGCUGUAGGAGAAGUGGGACGUAUUCGAGGUCCUAGCAGAAGGGAAAUUGGUCAUGGAAUGCUUGCAGAAAGAGCACUUGAACCUGCACUUCCUUCAGAGGAUGAUUUUCCUUAUGUAAUCCGUGUUGAGAGCACCAUAACAGAGAGCAAUGGCUCUUCAAGCAUGGCUUCUGUCUGUGGAGGUUGUUUGGCAUUACUAGAUGCAGGAGUUCCCUUAAAAUGCUCUAUAGCUGGGAUCGCUAUGGGUAUGGUUUUUGACACUCAAGACUGUGGGGGGGAUGGUACACCACUCAUUCUUUCUGACAUUAUUGGCUCUGAAGAUGCCUUGGGUGAUAUGGAUUUCAAGGUUGCUGGUAAUGAGACGGGUAUCACAGCAUUUCAAAUGGACUUAAAGAUGAUAGGGAUUACAGUACCAAUUAUGAAGCAAGCUCUUGCCCAAGGAAGAAAGGGAAUAUGCCAUAUUCUUGCUGAAAUGUCAAAAUGUUCACCAGCUCCUUCAAGAAUGCUUUCUAUGUAUGCUCCUGUUAUCCAUUGUUUAAAGGUCCAGCCAGAAAAAUUGAAUAUUAUUAUUGGUUCUGGUGGAAAAACUGUGAGAAAUAUCAUCGAAGAGAGUGGAGUAUAUCACAUUGAUACGGAAACAAAUGGUUUGGUAAAAAUUAUUGCCAAGGACAUGCAAUGCUUGGAGAAGGCAAAAAAUAAGAUUAAUGGAUUGAUAAUGAUACCUACUGUGGGCGACAUUUUCAGGAACUGUGAAGUGAAAUCCAUUGCACCAUAUGGAGUUUUUGUUGAAAUAGCACCUGGGCGUGAGGGCCUCUUGCAUAUAAGUGAACUGAGCACAAAAUUUGUGUCUAAAGCUGAAGAUAUUGUCAAAGUUGGAGAUCGCUUGGAUGUCAAGCUUAUUGAGAAAAAUGAACGUGGACAGUUGCGUCUGAGUCGCCGUGCACUUCUCCAGAAUGAGGAUCAGGAGAAGAGUAGUAGUAAGGAAUCAACUACUGCUAGCAAGGAGAAGAGUAAUAAGGAAUUUCAUAGUGCUGUGAAGGAGAAGAUUAGUAAGGAGUUAGCUUCUCCUGUCAAGCAGAAACCUAACAAGGAGUUAGCUAUCAGUACUCAGGAAGGGUCAACCCAAAUCAAUGGACAGACCAAGUAACACCUAAAACCUGUUUGGUAAGUUCAACACUGGGGAAAGGUUUUGGAUGAAAAUUAAUGAUACUUUGUUCUUUGUUGAUUUUAGUAUCAGAUCUUCAAAUAAUGAUUCACAAGUAACACUUCCAAGCACCUUGUGCGGGUUAAAUAUUUUCUGUACUAAUAUGUCAAAGAGAUAAAAUUGUUUCUGCUAUCAUCAUGAAGGAGCUGGAGAUUGGAUGCUAAAUUCCCAGGAGGUAUCUGCAAGCUUACAAAACUUCCCAAACCUAUAUGAUCCAAAGGAGUCCCAAGGAAGCAAGAUGCUUGAUUAAAUUGUUGGAAUAAUUUUAAGAUUUUUUUGUUACCCAUCAUCUUCUUCCCUCCUCAACUAUUCGCACUUAAGUAACUUGAGAAGGGAAGACGAAUUCAUAUAUCAUACAAGAUGAGUGAAAUUGUAAAUUAUUACCCUCAUGGAUAAACCUGGAAGAAGGGCUUUUCAAGGUGUUUCUUGAAGCAGAAACAACAGUUCCUUUUUGCUAAGGAAGUUUUGCAUUUUCUGUAACAGAAUAUAUGGACACAUACAGCAUGGUUGAUCGAAUUUUGCUAGUUUGAACCACGAACACUUUGAUGCUUAUUUUAGGAGGAGAAGUACAACAAAUCACGCUGUCUUUAUGAACUAGAAGUUGUAUAUGCUCAUUUUAUGGCAAUAAUCCAUGUAUUAGUUGUUUUCUA